AUGAUUUUGAUAAAAAAUAUAUUAAUACUAAUAGUUACUUAUCUCCAUACUAUAUUUUAGGACUUCCUGAAGAUUUCUCUAAAACUGAUAUAUGGAAUGUUGGAGUAAUUAUUUUAGAGCUAUUUUAAAUAAAAAAUAUAUUUUCCGACUUUUGUUGUUCAGCUUCUGGAGGACUUCUAACAAAUUAUUUUUAUUACAUAGGGUCUCCUUCAAAAGAGGAUUUGGACUUGUUAUUAGAAAAAGGUUAUAAAUAAUAGUAUAAUGAGUUAUUAUCACUCCCUUUUUAUAGGAAAUAACCUUGGUAGGUUGUAUUUCGACGUGAAAAUCCUUUAUUAUAUGAUCUUUUAGAUAAAAUGCUUGUAUUCAAUGAAGAUAAGCGCUAUACUGUGA